AUGUUGUUUACAGGCAGUAUAACAGUCGUCCCCAUAGUAAAAUCCAUUGGACUUGGACUUGGAAUUUGUAUUUCGGGAUCCAGCAGUUUGCUGAUGGGCUGGGUAAGUUCAAGGUAAGUUAAUCGCACUGAUUCUUAUAUGAAAGACUUCUGAAAACAAACAUUUUCAGUAAGUCCUCAUUUUCCACUUUGAAACGGCAAUUCAUAUUUAGUCUCCAAGCAAUACCAUUUCAAAGGGGAAUAUGUUCUUAGAACAGCAAUUGCGUCAGACAGAGGUAAUUGAAAUCUUUUUUUCAACAGGUUUGGAUGGUUUGGUAUUGAAGCUCAGGAUGUUGCCAGACCGGUAUUGAACUACUGUGGUGUUGGUUUGUGCUUGUUGAGGUAAUUAAUCAUGAAAGCACUUAAUCCAAUACCUCAGAAUAAUAUUCUUGUCAUUGGUCAAUUUGGUCAUUAUUUUAGUAUUUGAAGCUCUCAUGACAAUCAAAUGGCAUUUACAAUUUCUUAUUUUGUUUCCAGUGGACUCAUCUAUUUCUUUGUGAAGACUAAUGUUGGAGAACUUCCACAUUCAGAAUCAACCACCUUACUGAUUAACAGGGUAAGUGUGCUUGACGUUUUCGUAGUCUAAAUGCUUUCGCUUCAGUUCAAUAAAUUAACUUAUCUCAGAGGGAAAGCAUACCACAACACAUACCACAAACGACAUACCACAGCAACUUCACAGCGAGACAACAGCUAUAAUGCCCAAGACAUUACCACACAUAGCAGCUAAUGACUGGUUUUUCUAAAAAAGUAUGUUGUCAUUCAUGACACUUAUUGUAACAGCUCUCUAGAAAUAACAGUGAGGUGAAAGUUAGACAGGAUAGACUUGUCACAACUCCAGAGAUGUCUUUUAGCGUUUGCAUUGAGAUGUCAGUGGGUAACAGCUGUGCUGACAUAUCGUGUACUCAACUGACUAAUGACUAUUUUGGUGUCUACUUAAGACUGUGAAUUCUGGUGGCUAUGGGCCUUCGGAGUGCUGGGUGGAUGUCAUAGGAGAAAAGAGAAAACGCUGUGUGUGAGUACACCUCUUAAUCACUCAUGCUCUCUUUGCUUUUACAAUUGAAUAGUUGGAGCUGGGCUUAAGUCAAUUGAUUUUGGCUCUAGUUACAUGUUUGGACAUGCUUACUCCUUUUGACUUGACAAGUUCUUGGCCUUUUGGACAUGGGGCUUACUCAAGACAUGGAAAAUUACAGAUAACUUAGUUACAUGUCUUGCAAUUUUCUAUGUGGUCAUAGAAACUCACUUACCACCCUUUUGACAUCUUUAGAGGCUGCUUGUUGUCCGUUGUAGCAGGCCUGUUGUAUGGGGCGUCCUUUGUUCCAAUCCUCUACAUCAAAAGCCAUGUGUCGGUCCACGACAGCAUCUACUACGGAGCCAGUCUAUACGGUGAGGUGCUAGGUUAGCGGGUCCUACAGACAGUACCCAGUCACACAUUAAACUCAGUAGCCUAUGUGUAAUGCUGAAGAGGGUUUGGUCUCAACAACAAUGUGCUAAGUUUACAUAAAUUCUGUCGUCAACCUAAUGUCCUUUCCCCCCCUAGAUCUUGACUAUGUGUUUGCCACGUGCUGUGGCAUCUUCCUCACCAGCAUGGUGUAUUUCUCCAUCUACUGUGCAGCCAUGAGGAACAGACCCAGGGUGUUCUCCAGAGCCAUCCUGCCAGGUGCUCACUCUCCACUCAAAAAUAAUACCACCAUGCAUUCUAAUUCUCUCCCUUUCCUGAACUCUGCACACAUUUUUGUUUUAGCCGCAGACAAAAACUCCUGAUUCAACUUGUCAUCGGCUUGAUGAUAAGUUGACAAGUAGAAUCAGGUGUGCUUGUCCGGGGCCACAACAUAAAUAUGUACUGUUGGGGGUACUUGAGGAACGAAGUUGGGAAACACUUGGUUAAAGAAUUGGGCUGGGAUUGAUAAUGCCAUGUACAAUAUGAUAUGAUUUUGUAAAGAAUGUUAAGUAGGGUGUCGCUAAAUCUCCUCCUAUGUUCAGGCUUUUUGUCAGGUCUGAUGUGGACGUUGGCCAGUUACUGCUGGUUUCUGGCUAACAACUACCUUAGUGCCGUGGUCACCUAUCCCAUUGUCAGUGCAGUAAGUACACUUCUGGGAUGCCUCCUGACAUAAACUAUAUAUACGAAAGUAUGUGGACACCCUUCAAAUUAGUGGAUUCUGCUAUUUCAGCCACACACCAGUUGCUAACAAGUAUAUAGAAUGUAGUGCACAGCCAUGCAAUCUCCAUAGACAAACAUUGGCAGUCAAAUGGCCUUAAGGGCUCAGUGAAAUUCAGCGUGGCACUGUCAUAGGAUGACACCUUUCCAAAAAGUAAGUUGGUCAAAUUUCUGCCCUGCUAGUGCUGCCCCGGUCAACUGUAAAUGCUGUUAUUGUGAAGUGGAAUUGUCUAGGAGCAACAAUGGCUCAGCCGGUAAGUGGUAGGCCACACAAGCUCACUGAACGGGACCGCCGAGUGCUGUAGCGCGUUGCAACACGCACUACCGAGUUCCAAACUGCCUCUGGAAGCAACGUCAGCACAACUGUUAGUUGGGAGCUUAAUGAAAUGGGUUUCCAUGGCCGAGCAGCCGCACACAAACCUAAGAUCACCAUGCGCAAUGCCAAGCGUCGGCUAGAGUGGUGUAAAGCUCACUGCCAUUGGACUCUGCAGCAGUGGAAGCGCGUUCUGUGGAGUGAUGAAUCACGCUUCACCUGGCAGCCUGACGGACUAAUCUGGGUUUGGCGGAUACCAGGAAAUGCUACCUGCCCGAAUGCAUAGUGCCAAUUGUAAAGUGUGUUGGAGGAGGAAUAAUGGUCUGGGGCUGUUCUUCAUGGUUCGGGCUAGGCCCCUUUGUUCCAGUGACGGGAAAUAUUAACGCUACAGGAUACAAUGACAUUCUAGACGAUUCUGUGCUUCCAACUUUGUGGCAACAGUUUGGGGAAGGCCCUUUCCUGUUUCAGCAUGACAAAUGCCUCUGUGGACAAAGCAAGAUCCAUACAAAAAUAGGUUGUGAAGAACUUGACUGGAAUGCAUAGAGCCCUGACCUCAAACCCACCGAAUACCUUUGGGAUGAAUUGGAACGCCGACUGUGAGCCAGGCCUAAUCACCCAACCUCAGUGCCCAACCUCAAUAAUGCUCUUGUGGCUGAAUGGAAGCAAGUCCCCACAGCAAUGUUCCAACAUCUAGUGGAAAGCCUUCCCAGAAGAGUGGAGGCUGUUAUAGCAGCAAAGGGGGGACCAACUCCAUAUUAAUGUCCAUGAUUUUGGAACGAGAUGUUCAACAAGCAGGUGUCCACAUACUUUUGGUCAUGUUGUGUAUCAUUGCUAGAUUACUCAUACUUUGUGUAGCACACAUGCUUAUGUCUGUGUAUAGGUUAUGAGAUUGAGAUUCGGUCAUAUCCUCUUACGGAAUAUAAUUUGUGCCAUUUGUCAGUUUCUUGAAUGUGCUACCAUUCCUAGUAAUUCUAAAUGGAGAGAACCGGACAAUGGUGCUUUGUAAACAUGAGAAGGUGUAAGUCAUCCUAUCAUUCAAUAAACAUAAUUCAAUUAACAUAAUUCAAAAUAUUUUCCUCUUUCCCUCUAGGGUAAUGGUCUAGUCGCAGCUCUGUGGGGAAGUCUGGUUUUCAAAGAAGUCAAAGUAAGUAUCCCGGCAAAUUUAGUGGAUUGAUUAGUCUAAGAAACAGCCUCAGCUUCUGGGAACAAGGCACACUUGACAAUUACUGAAAUUGAAGUAUGAACUCUCUCAACCUUUUUAUGUAAUUUUGCAGGCAGACAAAAUCAAGCUCCGCUUUUAAUUUUCUAAAUAUUAAGAUUUUGCCCUAGAAUUUCCAAAUGUAAAACAAAUCUUGCUGUGCUGAUUUUGCCCAUUUACUCUGAAGUAUCUGCUCAUCCCAUCCCUUUUUGACACCAGCUGAUUCAGUGUAUCAUCUAAUUUAAUUCUGAUUAGCUUACCCCAUGUCGGAUAUUUUACAUCGCAUUGCUCUAAUUAUGCACGCCCCCUUUUACAACACCAUUCAGCUCGCAUCAUGGAUACCCUGUGCCAACCCAAUUUGACACUGUUUCCAGUGUGACAUGCCAUCAUAUAUUUGUAUUAACUAAUGCUUGUCUUUUCAGGGCUUGGUAAACUGUUUAAUCUUCAUAUUAGCCUCCUGUGUUGUCCUGACUGGAUCACUGCUGACGGCCUUCUCCAAUGUGUAG